AUGAAGGCCAUCGUUAUACUCGUCACAAUCGCAAGUCUAGCGCUCGCAGCCCCCUCACAAGACGACAGCCCAAGCCCUCCCCCCCAGCCCUUCCUCGAGCCCUCCACCGAACCAUGCGUCUUCUCCAUCGCCAACAAGACCGAAACCCCCGUGCAGGCACGCAUCCGCGAAGACUGCAUCGGAAGCCUAGCAUGGUGCUUCUGGCGCUGGUACGAGAUCGAACAAGGCUCGCCCAUCACCAGCGUCGACGACUGCCUGCGCUCGCGCGGCCGCGACCCGUCCGCCAUCACGAUCCCGCACAUCGUCAACGCCACGGCCUACGCCCGGUUGUGGCGACACCUCGAGAUCGCGGUCAAGGCGUACGGGCGCUACUCCGUGGUGAUGCUCUUCAUGGAGCUCUCGUUUGGCGACGGCGCCGAUCAGCCGGAUUGGCCCGGCACCGUGCAGAUACAGAGCUUGGAGGCUACCAACGAGAGGCGGCGGGUCCUCGCAGAGCACAGCUUCAAGAGGGUCAAGUACUAUGCCGGCUGGGCGUUUGAUGCUGCGUUUGUCCCGCAGGCGACGGAGCGGCUUGAGAGGUCCUGGCGGAGAAUCACGUACAGAUGGGGUCGGGUACUGCAGAGGGGCCUGGAACUUGACGAGGAGAUGCAUGACUUCCGUGACUGGAUCAGUUUGAAGACGCUGAGGCGAUGGGCUCCGUCCGACAUGCAAGAAUCAGCCGGCCAUGAUGUCUGGAUCCCAGGCCCAUUUCGAAAGGGUCGGGGCUUUCGGAAAGAUUGGAUGAACGGCAUAGCUUGA